AAGAUUAGAGAGACAUUUCUUUCAAAACUCAUUGCCAUUAUUCUAUUGAAAUGCCGGUCGAAAAUCUAGAAGAAGAGGGCUUGCCAAAGAAUCCAAACCUUGAACUAGCAGCAUGGCGCUUUACUUUAACGAAUCCAGAUGGAAAAAGCAAGGUAGACGCGAAGAAAAGGCUCUUGGAAGCCGUGAAAGAAAAUGGUAAGCUCUCUGCUGUUUGAUUAAUUUUUCUGCCUAGUCAUAGGCUGACAUGCCAUCUACAUUUAUAGAUUUCACACUUCAUUUUGAUUAAUUGUGCCUAUGAUUUGUUUCUCUUUUCAAUUUUACUAAGCUUAAUCCAGCCUGAAGGUAGAGAUUUCUCGUAAGUUGAAGUCGAUAUUUGUUACCGCGUGCGGAAACAUUAAUCCCGAUACUAAAAAAGAUUAAUAAUAAGAAGUCUAGACGGUUCACUUUCAUUCAUAAAUAAGAUGUCUAUUGGACGUUACAAAAGUUAAAGGUGCUCACAUUUGAUUAAGAAAAUGAUCAAUUCCCACACUGACUACUGAAAUUUUCACAGUGCUCGUGAGCUGUAGAAAGUGUGAGUCACUGGGAGCCACUGAUUACAUGGCUUGUUUAGCCCUUUACACCCUAUUGUCAUUAUGGAUAUUCUCCAUACUGUUCUCUAUACAUUUUCUAAGGUGCUGAGAAGGAGAAUUUGAUUACUGAUCAAAAGCUUCUUUUGUUAGGCAUCAUAUCCUCCAUUCUCAUGACCUUAAUGUGUGACUCAAGGGUGAUAUAGUGAGGAGAAAUUAGAUGCCAAUCACUCUUAGGGGUUAGAGGUUAAAGGGUUAAGAUCUACACGUACAGUGGAUCAAAUUGGUUUAAAGUUAAGCAGGUUCUAGUAGGGGUGGUAAAUGAUACAAGCUGAAGGGCACAAUAAACAUUAACCCUUUAACUCCCAGAAGUGAUUAACAUGUAACUUCUCCCUAUAAUAUCCAUACAUUAUCCAGCAAACAGGUAGUGAGAAUACUCUCAAACUCAUCAGGUACAAGAUAUCACCUUGAUUGAACACCAAAUUCUCGUAAUUAAUUUACAAGGAAAUAUGUAGCAGGUAGAGGGGAGAAUUUACAAUCAGAUCUUGGGAGUUAAAGGGUUAAUCUUCCACAUUGCUAUACUUAAAUGAGACUACAGUCCUAUACUGGUGUAUAUAUGUCAUUUACUGAGGAUUGGAGAUCUGUAUGGGUAAUUAGUCUGCCUUAGUCUUGAGUUUGGCUUAUGGCCAAAGAUGGAGAGUCACUCUCAAGAUUACUGGUACAGUUUUUCCUAUACGGAUGGACCUAGACUGGGAAAUGACUGUUUUUUUUCCAGCUGGUUAGCCUUUUUUGGCACUUCGUUGUGAAUGGUUCUACUAACCAAUUAGCACCAGGGCUGGCUUUAUAAUACACAUGGUCUCUACAUAUGUUUGGCUUAAUUUUCCAAUAUUUUUCUCUAGAUAUGGCUCCAUUGUAUGAAGAGCUCUGUACAGAGCUUAAAUGGGAUGUAGACAACUCUCUGCUGGCAACAAUGCAUUCAAAUAAUGAGGAAAUGGUUAAGAAGCUUGAUGAGACACUAAAAGAUGCUGAGGAAAACUUGGGAGAAACAGAAAUCAGAGAUGCUUUAUAUGCUAAAGCAGAAUAUCUUUGUAAGAUUGGAGAUAAGGUACAAGUAUGGAAGGAGUUCUUGAACUCAUGUUUUUAGUGUCUGAGCAGUAUUUAAAUGUCUCAUUACAUUAUUGAAGAAUUGUUUGGUAAAUGUUUGAAUGACGCAGUACUUAUGAUAAUAACAACAAUAAAGGUUAACCAUUUGACCCCUUAGAGUGACUAGCAUCCAAUUUCUCUCUACAAUAUCACCCCUGAACCACAUAUUUAGGUUACAAGAAUAUGGAAAAUGAUCACCUAUGAAACAAGCUCUUGAUUGUUAAACAACUUCUCCUUGUCAGCAUCUUAGAAAAUGUAUAAAGAACAGUUUGGAGAAUAUGUAUACUGAUGUUUGGGUGUGAAGGGUUAACCCUUUCACUUCUAGGAUCUCAUUAGUAAUUCUCCUUACUGUCUGAUAUACAAUUCCUAUGAUGUUAGUUUGGAGAAUUUGUUAUUGGAUCAACUAAUAAUCCCCUAAUUUUCUUCCUUCUUAUCACUAGUCUUCUUGACAUAGUAAUGUGGGUAGGAAUUCUCUCUUUGUCACUUAUGGAAGUUAAGGGUUAAAAGUGUUUUGAAAAUAGAAAACAUUAACAGGUUAUUGAUAUUCUAUUACACUUGUUAAGUAAGUUGUCACUGAUCAAGACAUACAUAUGUGCAUGAGUGUACUUUGGAAAAAAUCCAUUAUUAAUCAUGCAUGACAUAUUUUAUCCUUUUAGGAAAAGGCUCUGAGUGUUUUUCGUCUGGCCUAUGACAAAGCUGUAGCACUGGGAUACAAACUGGACAUAAUUUUUUACCAGAUACGCAUUGGUUUGUUUUACUUGGAUAAUGAUCUGAUUACUAGGAGUAUAGACAAGGCAAAAAUGUAAGUGCUAAAAAUGUUUCCAGUCACAGAUUUAAAAAAAGAUUAUUUGCAAGAAAUACCAUAGCCUGUUCCAGGCAUUCACAUAAUCCUUAACCCUUAAGAGUGAUUAGUAUCUAAUUUCUCACUACAGUAUCACCCCUGAAUCUAACAUUAAGGUCAUAAGAAUAGGGGAAAUGAUCACCAACUAAAGAAGCUCUUGAUUGUUAAACAAAUUCUCCUUGUCAGCAUGUUAAGAAAUGUGUAUAGAACAGCAUGGAGAAUAUGCAUUCUGAUGUAGCACUUGGAUACAAACAAACAUACAUUCUGAGGGUGUAAAGGAUUAAUAAUAUGGACCAUGAUAGCAAAAUUAAAGGAAUUAUAUUUGUAGGGGAGUUAUUGGGUCAGGGCAAGCAAGGGGAGGUGGUGUGGUUGGUUCCAAGACCUUUAUAGCACCUCUUCUCUUUUUCAUGUGAUUGUCAUGAUCUGAGUGGUUUUUCUCAACCUUUUGCCUGGCACCUUUCCUUUCUUCUAUUAGGUUAUGGUCUUUCUUCUUCUUCUUUUUCUUCUCCUCCUCCUCCUCCUCCUCCUCCUCCUCAUUAUCAUUAUCAUCAUUAUUAAAAUAGGUUAAUAGAAGAGGGCGGAGAUUGGGAUCGACGGAACAGGCUUAAAGUGUACCAAGGAAUUUAUUUUCUAUCCAUCCGUGAUUUCAAGUCUGCAGCCAGUAAUUUCUUGGAUAGUAUUUCCACAUUUACUUCCUAUGAACUGAUGGACUACAAAACAUUUGUCACCUACACUGUUCUCGCAAGUAUGAUUGCACUAGAACGGGUUGAUCUCAGAACAAAGGUGUGUAAUAUUGUGUUGAAAUUUUGCAAGUUCCAGUAACAGUGAAUGAAAGUUAUGUGCCUUAAUUAUCUAAUGGUCUCUGUAACACAGAGCAGUUUUCAUUUGAUGACUGAAAAUAAUUCAAGAUUGCAUUUGGUUUCUGUUUUUGUUUUGUCUAUGAUUGGUCAAAUAAACUCGCACCUCCAAUUGCAUAAAUCAGAUGCAUGACUAAAACUAAUCAUGCUGGAGUUUUAGGCAACAGAACAUUUAUUAGAACAAAAUUUCAAACUUGAAAAUACAGUCAUGUUACCAAAACUUAUGUGUUUGGGAAGUGAAUUCCAGUUUGAAGUGGAAAGCUUUUUACAUGUUAGCCAUUUAUUCCACAAGCCUUGUAGAAACAUCAGGUUCUGUUAAGAAUAUUCUCAUGGGUAAGAAAUUGAAUUUAAUAUAGUUUUUCUCUCUCUCCCAGGUGGUAAAUGGUGCAGAAAUCCUUGAAGUUCUCCAUCAGCUUCCUGUCACCAGCCAGUUCCUCUUGUCCUUUUACAACUGCCACUAUGCAGAUUUCUUCCUUGCAUUGGGUAAGAACAACCUCCAUGGUAAAACCACUACUUAUAAACAGAGAGUAAACUUAUAAAUGCUCUUCUCAUCCUAUUUUGCUGUUACCUAAGUUCAGAGCUCCCAUACAGGCUAUGAUUGUAUCAGUCACAAGUCAAAAUUGAAUUUUCACUUUUAUAUUUGUGUGUUGCUUUUAAUGAUGUGACAAUGAAUUUCCCGAUCCUUCACCUUUUAUAGCAAAAAUUGAGGACUUCUUGAAGCAAGACAGGUUGCUAGCACCACACUGCAGAUACUAUGUCAGAGAGAUGCGAAUUCAGGCCUACACACAGCUGCUGGAGUCUUACCGCAGUCUCACAUUACAAUACAUGGCUAAUGCCUUUGGAGUUAGUGAGGAGUUUAUUGAUAGGUAAGUGACAUAUCACUGUUUUUAAGUUUUUGCCUUGUCUCCAGGCUGUCCUAUCCUCUGUUGCUGUGGCUAUUUCAGUUUGGGAUUUCAGUUCUGCUUUGUCCUUUCUUUGCUACAACUUGUUUGGUAGGUCUUAUCCAAGUUAGUGCAAUACAGGAAAACCUGGCUUAACUUGAACCCUCAUAGACCAUUAACUCCAACAAGAUCAAGUUUCCCAUGAGGAUCUGAUCUCAUAUUUCCACUCAUUUACUAUCAGCUAACUCAAAGUUAGUCAAUUCAAACUCUUUGCUAACUCAAUCAAGAUCCAGUUUCCCUUGGAUUUGACCUUAUUUUGUUCAGUCAUUUACUAUUAUGGCAUAUGGUCUCAAUAAACCAACUAAAUAAGCUAUUUUUUGUUAAACAAAUUCUCCUUACCAGCACAUUAGAAAAUAUACAGAGAAGGGUAGUGAGAAUAUGCAUUCUGAUGUUAGGCUGUAAAGGGUGUACUGAAAAAUGAUCUUUGAUAAACUCUGUUUGAUAUGCCCCUUCUAUGAAUUGAUUAAUUGUUUGAUAUGGUCUUUUUCUCUUUAGGGAACUUUCACGAUUCAUCGCAGCAGGGAGAUUGAACUGUAAAAUUGACAAAGUUGGAGGAGUUGUGGAAACCAAUAGGUAAGAAAUACUUGACCAGUAAAAAUCAAAGCUGAGUUAUUGAAUGAGUGUUUUCUUAUACCUCAGAGAAUCUAAAAAAAGGGAGGUUUGUUUUUAGGCACCUUUCACCCUUGAACUCCCAUGAGUGACCAAGAGAGAAUUUCUCCUUACAAUAUCAAUAAAAUAUCAAGCAGACAAGUGAUGAGAAUAAAGAAAAAUAUCAAUCAGGGGAUUAUUAAUUGAUCCAAUACCAAAUUCUCCAAAAUAACAUCGUAAGAACUGUAUAGUAAACAGGAAGGAGAAUUACUAACGAGAUCUUGGGACUUAAAGGGUUAAUCCUGUAUUGUUCUCUUGCAACAGAAAUUCUAGAAGCUUUAUUGGUCUCUUUAUUUACUCUGUCCACACAGCAUUUAAUCUACUACUGAAUGUAGUUAAACUUUUGAUUAUUCCGAUUACUUCUCAACUUGCAGCAAGUAUGAAUGCCUUUUUUUACCAACUUGCUGCACUAUCAUAAUAAAACAUGUGGAUUUUGAAAAAUUUCCUUCUGAAAUAUUCAUGAGGCUGCUCUAAUUAGAAUACAUAAUGUACUAUGGCAAUUUUACAAGUAAAUUAAUAACUUUGAUUUGUCAAUUUUGCAGGCCUGAUCAUAAGAAUUGGCAGUAUCAGGUUUGUGUUGAGUAGAACUGUAAUAAAAAUUUAUUAUUUUGAGGUUGAUAUGGCUGAGGGACUUAGCCUUUUGAUCACUUCUGUGAUUGAGGGAGUUCUCAGGGUAUCAGCGACCUACAACCAUAUGUCAAGUUGCUAAUGGGCGCAGUGUACCAUCACUGCUUUCCAUAGAGCUACUUGUUGUCAAUACUUUUUUCAACAUCAUUCACUACUUAAUUUGUAUUCUUUGUUUUGUUGAUGAAAGUAAAAUUUAACUCCAACUGAAAUAUGUUCUGUUUUUCUUCCCAGGCCACCAUAAAACAGGGGGAUCUUCUCCUAAACAGAAUCCAGAAACUCAGCCGUGUCAUAAACAUGUAACAACAGUCAUGAACCAUUUCAACUUUUUUUUAGUAAUAACAAACCUUUUCCCUCCUACUGAAGAUCGAUGUAAGGUUACAAAAUAUAGUUAUUUAAAAUGCUUUUUUGUAAACAGUACCAUUUUGGUUUAGACAAAAAAUGUCUCUGACAGAAAAUAAAGAUGUCCUUUGGAUGAAAUAACAUUCAGAUCCCAAGUCAAAUCAUGUGCCUUUAUUGUUUCCUAAUAUUUUUUACCUAAUGUGUAGUUAAAUCUAGUGUCAGAUAUCCGACUCUCUGUGGAUGCAAUUUAACAUAACCAUACUGUAGAUCUUUUGGAGGAGAGGGAGGUGGAGGAAGGGGGGAGCUAUGAACAAAAACGUUUCUUUACAAUGCAUGGGGACUAGCCCUUGAACAAUCCCCAGCUUGGAGUCAGGCAGGCCCCCUGCUGAUACCAAUUUUGUGCUGAAAGGUCUGCCCUUCCUAAAUAAAGAUGACUUGACUUGACAGCUGUGCAAUAAAAUAUGGCAUAACGGCAUGAAAGUUAUGCAAAAGGGC